CAAAUCUCCCACAGCCUCCUCAUUAUUCAGCACAGAGACACCAUCAGCAAUGCCAGUCAAAGGUGAUGACAGGACUGUGAUAGGUGAAACAGAGAGUCCCUUGGUAACACCUUUUUCAGGGACACCAGUGUUUGGCACUGUAAUGAGUCCAACAGAUGAGGAUGUUUCAGGUGACCAAGCUUCAACAAUGUUCACAAUGACCUCCCAGGCCACAGCUCCAUCUUCACCAUAUAGCACAGAGGCAACAACAACAUCUUCUGUAACAUCAUCUUCAGUUUCAGAGGAAAGUGAGAAGAGUACAAGUGGUGAAACCACAAGAGUGCAGUCCAGUCCUUCCUUCAGUGAAUCAACAAUAACACCUGACGGAACAUCCCUGCUUUCAACCACCUUUAUUGAGAGUUCAGGGGACGGCACAACCGAUUUCACUGAUGAGUCCCUUAUUCCAGCAACCACUGCCUCCUCAUUUUCCAGCACUGUGUCUCCACAUGUUACAUCAUCACUUGCAACUGACACAAGUGGUUCAACCAAAACAUUUGUCACAGCUGCUUCAUCUCUGUACAGUACUGAGAGACCGACUUCUAUGUCACCUGAUAGUGACCAGACUCGUUCCACAAGUGAGACUGAGACGUUAUCAGCUACUCCAAGCUCUAGCUCUACAACAACAGAGGAGGACAUCUCAGGAGCGCAGACAAGUGAGGUCUCAGUCCAAGAAACCAAAUCUUCCACAGCCUCCUCAUUAUUCAGCACAGAGACACCAUCAGCAAUGCCAGUCACAGGUGACGACAAGCCUGUGACAGGUGGAACAGAGAGUUCUUCAGUAACACCUUUUUCAGGGACACCAGUGGUUGGCACUGUAGUGAGUCCAACAGAUGAGGAUGUUUCAGGUGACCAAGCUUCAACAAUGUUCACCAUGACCUCCCAGGCCACAGCUACAUCUUCACCAUAUAGCACAGUGGCAACAACAACAAUAUCUUCUGUAACAUUGUCUUCAGUUUCAGAGGAAAGUGAGACGAGUACAAGUGGUGAAACCACAACAGUGCAGUCCAGUCCUUCCUUCAGUGAAUCAACAAUAACACCUGACGGAACAUCCCUGCUUUCAACCACCUUUAUUGAGAGUUCAGGGGACGGCACAACCGAUUUCACUGAUGAGUCCCUUAUUCCAGCAACCACUGCCUCCUCAUUUUCCAGCACUGUGUCUCCACAUGUUACAUCAUUCCUUGAAACUGACACAAGUGAUUCUCCAAAACCAGCUGUCACAGCUGCUUCAUCUCUGUACAGUACUGAGAGACCAACUUCAAUGUCACCUGAAAUUAAAGAGACUCCAUCCACAAGUGAGACUGAGACGUUAUCAGCUUCACCACGGUCUAGAUCUACAACAGAAGAGGAGGACAGCUCAGGAGCACAGACAAGUAAGGUCUCAGCCCAAGAAACCAAAUCUCCUGCAGCAUCCUCAUUAUUCAGCACAGAGACACCAUCAGCCAUGCCAGUCACAGGUGACGACAAGCCUGUGACAGGUGGAACAGAGAGUUCUUCAGUAACACCUUUUCAGAGACACCAGUGGUUGGCACUGUAG